UUGAGACUUUAAGAGUUGCAUCAGUAACAUGAAUUGUUCAUCGGUCUAUUAUGCGAUGAAGUUCGUGCCUGAUGAUCACGACUCGUGGUAGUGCUACGAGAGCCAUCUCCUCGAUUCACUCUCGCUCUCUCUCUUCGAUCCUUUCUUCCACCGACGCAGUAAACCGGCGGGUCUUCUCCUUCUCCUCCAGCCAACAAGAAGAAGGCUUCCCGGACUCGCUCUCCCUGGUCGCCGCCAUCAAAUCCUGCGCCGAGUCCCUCAACCUCUCCGCUGGCCAGCAGCUCCACGGCCUCGCCCUGAAGUCCGGCCUUGACCGCUCCAACCUCUUCGUCCGCAACGCCCUCCUCAACGUCUACGCCAAAUGCAGCCGCCUCGACUCCGUCCUCCGCAUCUUCUCCUCCCCCAACACCGAGCGAGACUCCGCAUCUUGGAACAUUGUCCUGGCCUCCUAUGUCAGGUCCGACCGCCUCCCCGGUGCCCGCAGGAUAUUCGACGAAAUGCCUCACCGGGACGCCGUCUCCUUCACCACCAUGAUCAUGGGCCUCGCCCGGAACGGCCGCCCGGACGAGGCCGUCGCCACCUUCCGGGACAUGGUCGCCAGCGGUGUCCGGCCGAACGAGGUCACCCUGGCCACCGUCCUCUCCGCUUGCUCUCACCUACGCGCACCUCGAGGUGGGAGCAUGAUCCACGCCGCCGCCGUGAAGCAUGGGCUUGUUGAUUUCGUCCUGGUUGGGACCAAUUUGGUGCACGUCUAUGCUUCCUGUUCCCGGAUAGAUGACUCCCGAUCUGCCUUCGAUGCGUUGCCGGAGAAGAAUACUGUCACCUGGAACGUGAUGCUCAAUGGCUACGCCAAGGCCGGACAAGUCGGUCACGCCAAGGAUUUGUUCGAGAGAAUUCCGGCCAAGGACUUGGUUUCAUGGAGCACAUUGAUUGACGCGUUCUUACGGGUUCAAAGAUUGCAGGAAGCUCUCAGAAUAUACCGUGGGAUGCUGCAGGAUUUGGGUGAGAGGCCGAAUGAAGUGCUGAUGGUUGAUUUGGUGUCGGCUUGUGGGCGCUGUUCUGCGGUCCAAGAAGGUCAGCAGUUUCAUGCCGCGAUUACCAAGAUGGGACUCGACCGCCACACCUUUGUGCAGUCAACGUUGAUCCAUUUCUACGGCGCAUGCGGUCUGGUCGAUCUUGCUUGCCUUCAGUUCCAAGCUUGUCGCCAGUCGCAUGUUGCUUCCUGGAAUGCCUUGUUGGCUGGACUCUUGCGGAACAACUUGGUCGAAGCAGCAGCAGAAUUGUUUGAUAAUAUGCCUGAAAGAGACGUUGUCUCUUGGAGUACGAUGAUUGCUGGUUACGUCCACAAUGGUUCCUCCCACUUGGCUCUACAGCUCUUCCAAGAAAUGCAGCACAAGGGCUACGAAGCGAACGACAUCACAUUGGUGAGUGUUCUGUCUGCCGUUGCCGAUUCGGGCACUUUGGAUUACGGGAAGUGGAUCCACGAUCUCAUAACCAUCAGAAGGAUUCCUCUCACCGAUAACUUGAGCGCGGGGCUCAUCGACAUGUACGCAAAGCGUGGCAGCAUAGGAAACGCGCUCAACGUGUUUGACAUUGUGAAGGACUCAGCAUCAGUGUCACCUUGGAACGCUAUAAUAUGUGGCCUGGCCAUGCACGGGCAUGCAGAUAUGUCCCUCGAAGUGUUCAUGGAUAUGCAAAGUAGGAGCAUCACACCAAACUCCAUCACAUUCAUUGGGGUGCUGAGUGCGUGCUGCCACAAUGGCUUGCUAGACACAGGAAGACGAUAUUUUGAGAGCAUGAGAAGAGAGUACAACAUCGAGCCUACCAUCAAGCACUAUGGUUGCUUGGUUGAUCUGCUAGCACGAGCUGGUUGCUUGGAAGAGGCAGAGCGGGUGAUCGAGUGGAUGCCGAUGGAGGCAGAUGUGAUGAUAUGGGGAAGUAUGCUGGCUUCUGCGAGGACCCAUGGGAAGGUUGAGAUAGGGGAGAGGGCUGCAGAUAGCUUGGCUAGGUUGGAACCCAGUCAUGGGGCUGCAAGAAUUCUUCUGUCUAACAUCUAUGCAGAUGCAGGUCGAUGGUCUGAUGUCUUUAUGGUGAGGAGGGCGAUGCAGAGCAGUAGAUUGGACAAAACACCGGGAUGGAGUGGCAUUCUAUGACAACUAAUUGACACGAUAUCGGAUGUUGAAGCAAAGUUGCAGUAGCCCAUGGAUGUGUCAUGAACAGCAGCAGCAGCAGCAGCAGAUCCUAGUCAAGACAAGUCCUUAGAUGUUUUAAGUCAUUGUUUCAGACACUACCUCUUCAAACACCGAACCGCUCAAUCCGAAGAUGGAGGAAGGGAGAGGAAAGGCGGACUCAUCGACCAUGGUGGCGAUGGUUUAAAAGCGAAGAUGAGGUUGCGGGCGGGGUUGGAGCCGACCACAAUCAAUGUAUAGCUCUACCACAUAGUUGAGGAGAGUUGGGCUGCUUUAGUUGACCUCGCCGCCACCACUUGAGUUGUACUCCUUAUUCUGAAUUGGUGAUGACAUAAAUUAAUCAUUGUAAAAGAAUAGCCCUUUUUUAUGAUAAUAAUUAAUUGAUGAAGGGGACUCUUACCAUCUAUAUAACAU